GUGCAUUCACCGACAUAGCUGCAUGGGAGCUGCACGUCGGGCAGGUGUUUGAUGGCGAAACCUGACUGUUAAUGGUGAAAAUCUGCGUCCAAAGGGUCGCAUCAAAGUAGAAAGACCAUCAAACACGUGCGCUUGUCCCGACAAACCUCCCAGCAGUCCAGCAUGGAGCUUUCUCACUCUCGCCUGGGGUCUGAGUUCCAAGCUCAAUGAUCCGAUGUGGUGGCAGCCACUUGCUGAUUGGUCAAGGAGUGACCACGCAACCACACCUCCAUGGCCAGGCAUUGAGCCCCUUCGCACCCUGGUUUUAUGCCUUCCAGGCCUCGCUCUUAUCUCAGACGAUGCUAGCGCUGAUAACAGAGAAGCUUCAGAACCAAUCUCUUGAUGAUGCAGCCGCAGCAGCAGCCGCUGUUUCAGCCAAUCAGGCAGCUAGACACUUGAAAAUACCAAUAUCAAGAGAGGAAGCCACCAACCUUUCACCUACCUCACCAGCCAGUCUUGCAGUUAAAGGUAAGAAUGUAUGGGCAUUGCCUGUCUCCGCCUCUCAGAUGCCACCUCCCUCUACAGGAGUGAAGGGGAAGGGAGACAACUCUGGCAGCAGACAUGGCAAAAGUUGUGAUAAGCACUCGUCUGUGGUAACAUGUCGCCACAAGAACCCGCUACACAAAUGUAUUCUCUGUGAUACGAACUCCGGCAUCGCACCACCGAAGAAAAAACACUGCCGAUCUCUCUCAGUGCCGGUUGACUCCAUGACAUCAUCUCCAUGGCAACCAGACGGAACCAAACUUUGGCGACCAAUAGCUGUGAUUCCGUUGACAAACAAUAAUGUAGAUCAGCAAAACAGGAACAUCACGUCCCGUGUUCCGGAGUUCAAGCCCACAUGUAGAAAUGUGACAAACUUUACGCGGUUUGUGUCGUCACCUUUGAGCAUGGACAGCGGUCAUUUCACUACAUCAGACUUUCAGACUCCGCCUGGUUCUCCCGUACCUAGGCCAGCAUCUGCUCUUAGUGAUUUUUCCCAGAGUUCCUUUGGAGCACCGUGGCUUGAACACAGCCCAUUACGGAAUAACAGAUUUGAAAUUCUCCAGAACCGAAGUCUUUCUUAUGAGGAACAGAUAUCACUCGGAGCUGGAUCUACACCAUGCAUGUCCGCACAUCUCGGCUCAAACCCGUCCUCGCCGUACCGACACAAGAUCCCAAGGUGUCGCUCGCAGCCCUGUGUUCUCCAUGAUAGACGUUACGCCAAGAAACGACGACGUGAAGAUUGCAGACCAACCCUCAAUUUUCAGAAAAUGACAGAGACUGCUUAUGGACGAGUGCGGAGGUCGGUACCUGUUGGAACUCCUGGGGCAGACAGCCAGAAACGCAGUUCCAGGUUUCACGCAGAGUUGGAGUCGGCCAUGAACCUCAUGCCCAUCGCCAGCUCACCCCUUGACCCUGACAUUCCCAUCCGGAAGGUCAUCAACAUGUACCCACCUGUCGCAGAGCUAUCCAGGGUCGCGACCCUUGACCUCCCGCCCACGCCCCCUCAAAGUAGCAGCUGUAGUGGUUUUGAUAUCCAGCAACCAGUGCGUCUCAUUGGAGAAGAGGACUCUGAAAGUGGAUGCGGUUGUCGUGGAGAUGACCUCGAAGAUGAAGGAAUGGAGCUGUUUCCUCUCUGCGACCUUGAUAUUGAACAAAUCGAAAACCAUUAACUCAACAGUUAUAACUCAGGAAGUUGGCAUUGGGAAGAGUUAUCUACUCUUGUGAGAAGGGAAUUAUCUCCCUUUGUCAGAACUUUACACAGUUGUAAAAUAUGUCUGAAUCAAGCCUUGCCCUUGUUGAUAAGAGAAUAUAACAAUAUAUUUAAACUAAAUCCAGAAAGUGCAUUUUAUUUGAAGUUUAUUGUAUAAGGGUAUAACCCUACUAAUUGAAUGCUUAAUUGUGUAUAAUUAAUCAUUAGCAAUUAGCCGAGGUUUACAUAUUUUUAUGACCGACAAUUUGUGUCCUAGCAGCUGCUUUGAAGAUGCUGUGUUGUGUCCACCUGUUACAAUCCUCGAUCCAGAGGCUGCUACAUUGACAUCACUCAUCUUCUCACGCACAUGUAAUGACACUUAUUUGCUGGUUGAGAUUGUCACAUUCCUAGCCCCAAGUCUCCCCGAUGUUUGUCAUGGCUUCACAAGCUUGUUACCAGUUUCAUUUGAGGAUCUUCCAGUAGUUUACUUUGACCUUACAAUAUUUGUUGGUGUAUCAUUCGUAUUGCGUGUGUGUAUGUGUAUGUGUGUACAGGGAUGUGCAUUAGCGUGUGUAUGUGUGUCACAGAGUACUUAAACUUGUUUAUUCCAGUUCUGAUGGAUGUGUGUUGGUUGGAGUUUGUAUUAUACUGAUGGCCACAAGUUAAACUACUGCAGAAUUCAAUAUUUUGAAUUCCAUAUAUAAAAAAAUUAUUGAUUGUUUUACAAUAUAUGGUCAAUCUGAGAGUAAUUUGAUUCUUAAAUUAAAUUCUGUUAUUGAUU